AUGAAGUUCUUGGUUUCCGCUGCCCUGGGCUUCUCCUUGGCGGCUGCUCGGCGCUCAGAGCUGCUGCCACGCGAGGAGGCGGAGAAGUUGGGUGUCAUUUGGCGCGGGAAUUCUUCCAAGCAGAGCUCCCAUGAGCUUUUGGAGGCCACUGAGAUGCCUUCAGAUUUCACUUGGUGCAAUAAGGAUGGGAAGAACUACUGCACCAUGUCCCGCAACCAGCACAUCCCUCAGUACUGUGGCUCUUGCUGGGCUCAUGGCGCCAUCAGCGCCUUGGGCGAUCGCAUCAAGAUUGCCCGCCAGGCGCAGGGUGUGGACAUCAACUUGGCUGUGCAGCACUUGCUGAACUGCGGUGGUGUUGGCAGCUGCAAGGGUGGCACAGUGGAUGGCCCAUACCAGUGGUUGAAACAGAUGUCUGAGAAGGGCACUGGCAUUGCCUACGAGACUUCGAACCCCUAUGUGGCUUGCUCCUCCGAUUCCAGUGAAGGAUUCUGCUCUCAUGUGGAUACCUCCUGCAAGGCUGUGAAUGUGGCACGUACUUGUGGGAGUUUCUCCCAAGAAGGAGGUCCAUGCACUGGACUUUCCGCUUUUCCCAAUGCCACCAUCUCCGACUAUGGCUCCAUCAGUGGAGCCGAUGCCAUGAUGAAGGAGAUCUUCAAUCGUGGCCCCAUCAGUUGCGGUGUGGAUGCGAACCCACUCUUGAACUACGAGUCCGGUAUCAUCAAGACCAAGGGUGAAGGAGUGGAUCAUGUAGUCUCGGUGGUCGGUUGGGGCACCGACUCCAAGGAUGGGAUGUACUGGAUUGUCCGCAACUCAUGGGGUGAAUACUGGGGUGAGAUGGGCUACUUCCGGGUGCAGAAGGGUGCCUUGCUGCUGGAAGACCAGUGCUCCUGGGCGGUGCCAGGAUCCUUCACCGCGGCAGAGAAGAACAACCAAGUGCACUGCCAUGAAGGGGGUGACAACUGCAAGGCCAAGGCUGAGGCCCAAGUGGUGGUAUAG